AUGGAAUCUACACAACAGCACCCAUUAAAUCCACAAAGCAAUGUUUCCAAAUUCACAGGCUACCAUCCAGACAAAUACGCAAUUGACGAUAUUUCUUUAACGGUUAAAACAGACGAAAGUCUGGCGCCAGGUAGACCGCCAGUUCUAACUCAGCAGACAGUGGGAAAAUUUCUCCAGCCCUUGACUAGAGCUUUGGUUGAGGUUCCACCUAGGCCAACAAUUGAUGAGCUUCCCGACGCCGUUAUAGACAACAUGGUGCUAAAGGACAAAGCAUUCUGGGUGGACAAGCCCGGUGCAAAUGCGUAUACCUUACACGAUGCAUAUUACAACUAUGGGAUGACAACAGAAAAGGUCUUACCCCCCCACCAAGAUGUCUUCCCCAGAUCGUACCAGUACGACUUGGAUUGCGUCAAGUACCGGCGGCUUCAUGCAUGCGACGAUUUCAGGCGAACUGAGGACACGACGAAGAAACACCCCCUUUGUCGAGAUUGCAAGAUGUCGAAGGUAUCUGAUGUCGUAUACCCUGCGAUGCCUAUUGAAGAGUCUUCGACGCAAAAGAGAUGGAGAUAUUACCCGGACGUAUCUGCUACUCUAUCUCCUGACGAAAUCAGCGAAAGGAUGAAUGAGUAUAUAUUUUGA